UAGUUAUUUAAAAUGCAAGGUGAUUUGUAAAUGAGUCAGCAGCCACCUGCACUGUCGGCUGCAAUGUCGAACGAGCCCAAAUUAAUCAAAACCAAUCAGGUGUUCGACGAAAUUAUUCUUCAGACGUCAUUGAUCACGUGCUGCUGAUAAAGGGACACUGCUUUGAAUUAUACCGCUUAGCGACUUCAGUACAUGCCUCAUAGCUCCAGUCUCAAACUUAACCACGUUCCUGCUGAAGAAGAGGAGGUCUGCUGGAUGGAGAAAGAAGCUCUCGUGAAAGAGGUGGAGGAAGAGGAGGCUGUUACAAUACAAAAACAAGUAGAGGUCGAGGCUGUUACCGUGAAAGAAGAGAAAGACGUCUCAGCUAAAGAAGAGGGAGACUCGUUCAGAGUUAAUAAAGAGGGGGACGACGACGUUUCAGUGAACGAAGAGGAGGGGGAGGUGACUGUCACAUCGGAAAAUGAAGAAGAGGAAACUGGAUAUCUGGGCCCGGUUUCCCAAGCGCAUCUUAAGGCGUCCGAUGGUUCUAACGAUGACGGGGCCCUGAUUAACACUAUCUCGACAACUGUACUCACAACAAGAGAAUCCCACAAUGCUUCCUCCAUUGUUCCUCCAGUCAUCCCCUGGACUCCCUCGCUCUGUGCUGUGAAAGAUGUGAGAGUUUGUGUUCUCAAAGUAGCACCUAUAUUGUUGUCAUUCCAGCACAUCUGUUGUUUAUCCAACUUGUAGGACCUUCCGUCUAUCAUUUGUUUUUAUCAACAUGCAUCAAACCGGUCACCCCAAAAAAACAUCCUUGCUGAUAAUUCCCACUCCGACCAUAAACUGUUGUUCAUUACCAACUUUAGCCCUUUUCACUCCACUGUUCUUCACCAUCGUCCACUCCGUAUCAACAACUGUACAGAGUCGAUGUGCAUCAGUUAGUUUAGGUAAUAUGUACAUGUAGGUAAAGUUAGUGACUGUUCUUCACAUUCCUCCAUGCAGUCUCGACAACUGUACUCACAACAAGAGAAUCCCACAAUGCUUCCUCCAUUGUUCCUCCAGUCAUCCCCUGGACUCCCUCGCUCUGUGCUGUGAAAGAUGUGAGAGUUUAUGUUCUCAAAGUAGCAUCUAUUUUGUUCUCAUUCUAUCUAUAUUGUUGUUAUUCCAGCACAUAUG